AUGAUCCCCGGCAAGAUGGUCUCUAACGCAAAGUGUGUUUUCUUCGUCGUUUGUGCAACGAUUACUCUUGCAUCGAUCAGCUCUGUGAACGCAUACCAGAAGAGUAGUGGUUCGCAAUGCAGCAGGACCCUGAACAGAAACAACUUGCAUCUGAGAGGAGGAGCAUCAAAGAAAAAGAAUGCAGAAGAUGAUAAGUACAAGGAUAUUCAAGCGCCUAAGCGUGCCUUGUCCGCAUACAUGCUUUACGCGAAUGAAGUGAGGGCAGACAUCGUAAAGAAAAAUCCUGAAAUGAAGAUGACAGAGAUUUCAAAAGUAAUCGGUGACAAGUGGAAAGUUUUGAGUGCGGAUGGAAAGAAGAAGUUCGAAAAUGAGGCUGCGAAACUCAAAUCAGAAUAUGAGAAGGAGAAGGCAGAAUACGAGGCCAAGGUCCCAGAAGAAGUUCGGAAAGAAAGGACAGAGAAAGCCAAGAAGAAGAAAGAAGGAAAACCCGCCAAGGAUCCGAACGCACCAAAACGGCCACUGUCAGCUUUCAUGAUUUAUUCCAACCAGGCAAUAUCUCAUCAGGUCCGAGAUAAGAUCAAGAGUGCCAACCCUGAAUUGACCUUUGCUGAGAUGGGCAAGAAGGUUUAUGAAAAGGAAGCAGCUAAGCUGAAGGAGAAAUAUGCCGAAGAAAGGGCCAAGUAUGAUGCAGACAAGCCUGAGGCGCCAGUGAAGGAGAAAACUUUGAAAAAAUCGAAGACAUCAAGCAGCAAGAGUGCAAAACCAGAGAAACCAGAGAAGGCGUCCAAGAAAGCCAAGUCUCAAUAA